GAGCAAGGCUCAGGGUGGGAAUGGCGGCUCAGAUUCCCAUUGUGGCCACCACGUCCACUCCGGGGAUAGCCCGGAACAGCAAGAAGAGGCCGGCCAGUCCUUCCCACAACGGCAGCAGCGCCGGGGGCUACAGCGCCAGCAAGAAGAAAAAGGCGUCCGCCUCCGGCUUUGCGCAGGGGAUCUUCUUGACCCAGGGAUCGAACCCAAGCCUUCUGCGUUGGCAAGCGGGUUCUUUACCACGGAGCCACCAGGGAACUAAAGUAUAAGAGUUCUUGAUAUAUUCUUGGCUGGAAGAGGAAAUGGCAGUCCACUCCAGUGUUCUUGCCUGGAGAAUCCCGUGGACAGAGGAGCCUGGGUAUCAGCAUGGAUGGUGUGAGUGAGAAUAAGAUGGUGCCCUCUGAUUUUAGCACAGGACCCAUGGAGAAAGCUGCCAAACCUUUGCCAUUUAAGGAUCCCAACUUUGUGCAUUCUGGCCAUGGUGGUGCAGUGGCUGGCAAGAAGAACAGAACCUGGAAGAACCUGAAACAGAUCCUGGCUGCUGAAAGGGCAUUGCCAUGGCAACUGAAUGAUCCCAACUACUUCAGUAUUGAUGCUCCUCCAUCCUUUAAACCAGCUAAGAAGUAUUCUGAUGUUUCAGGUCUUCUUGCCAACUACACGGACCCGCAGAGCAAGCUGCGCUUCAGCACCAUCGAAGAGUUCUCCUACAUUCGACGGCUGCCAUCCGACGUGGUCACGGGCUACCUGGCCCUGAGGAAAGCCACAAGCAUCGUUCCCUGAGCCUGGAGAAACGGAGAUGAGGUGGAAAACCAUUUCCCAAGGCAGACUUUGGGCUCAAGAUUUUGUUUUAUGGAAACAAACUCCUGCUGUCAAUCUGGAAAUGUCAGUGCUGUGCCUUGGAAAGAAUGUUUGGCUUUCAUUGAAGGAGGGUUUUUUUUUUUUUUUCUGUUUUCCCUCCAAGUGUGAUAUUUCCUGUUGAAUUAAAUUAUACUUCAGUUGUUGCCUCAAAUAAAGUUGUUUGACAAGAAA